AGCGACACUACUAUAAAUACAUCUCCUCGGCUCCCUAACUACACCGCGCCUCCACGAUCGAUCGAUCGAUCUUGAUCUUCAUCUACCAAAGCCGAGCAACCAUGUCCGCCACCCUCAGGCCAUGCUCCAUUGGCGGCCUCGCUUCGUCCUCCGGCCUCCUCCUAACCAGCCGCCGGCCUCGCAGCAGCACAGUGUCGCUGCCGGCGCGGGGGCUAGGUGAGGGGAACAGUCUGAAGCUCGUCAACCCCAGGACGCGACACGACCAGGGGAUCGUCAAUGGCGUCGCCGACGGCCGUCAGGUCGUCGUCAACCGGGAGGAUCCAGCGGAGAUGGAUUAUGAGUUAUGUGAAGAGCGGGAUAGGAUUCAGGAGUUCUUUACGAAGAUUUCACAUACUGGCAUUCUGUAUCGGGAAACAACAGGAUUUCGACGUUAUCUUUGCACGGUAGCUGAAGAUUCAGUGAAGCUGGUUUCCACUAUCAUGGGCAAGCCAGGCAUAAUUCCUCAAAGUGCACUUCUCACCAAACUGAUGACUCCAACAAAGAGAGAAAUGCUGGUUCUUCAGGUGUAUUUGCGCACCUUUGUCAGUACAGCUGAGGCUGCGUACCAUGACAGGAUCACUAAGGAAACUAUUGUCUCCUUUGUUGGCGCUCUUGAAGGUGUGGCGGCAAUGAGCUACUUCAUGGCUCGAGAUACUCUGGCAAAUUUUAGUGAUGAUGAGUCCAUUUCAGAGAACUACGGUCCAAAUAUUGAUGUAAAGAAAAGGCGUCGCGAGUAUAUGCUGACAAUGGACAGUUUGAAACAUGAAUUCAAUACAGCUCCACCGUAUAACACGAUGAAGAUUCUGCAUAAUACAGUGACUCACGCACUGGUACAUACAGAAUUCUUUGUUACCGCAAUGACCGUUUGUCGCAUACAAGUGCUUCGAGGCCUUGCCCAAGGUACACAAGACCGGCAGCAGCAGUUUGAUGGCAAACCAGGCUUCAGAGAGCCAGCGUUUGGGAAGUAUUCAUGGCCGGGACUCCAAUUCUGAGUCAAUUCAAAUCCACGUGCUAGCUAGUUUUGCCGAUAUGCAGUACACACAACUUUGUAGAAGAUUUAAUACAAUUCUCAUCCAAUUAUCUAUGCAGACAAUAGAACAUCAACCAUAGAUAUCAUAGUUAAUCUAAGAUCCAAAUGUAUG